AUGGAACGAUUCCACAGAACAUUAAAACAAGGACUUCGUAGCCACAAAGCUAAAUGGACUCAGUCACUACCUCUCAUUCUGCUUGAACUCAGGUCUACAUUUAAGGAAGACCUCAAGUCCAACUGUGCAGAAAUUGUUUACGGCACACUAUUAAGACUACCAUCAGAAUUUUUGGAGGCUCCAACUAUCAAUACGGACCCCUAUGACUUUUUGCAACAAUUAAGAAAAUCCAUGCAGUUGUUGAAAGCCACACCAACAUCUGCACAUGGCAGCAAAGGCUUAUUUAUUCACCCAUCGCUAAGCAAAUCGACACAUGUAUUUGUAAGGCACGAUGGCGUUAAAAAAUCUCUUCAAAUGCCUUAUGACGGUCCCUACCUCGUUUUAAAGCGAACCGAUAAGACCUAUACAUUGAACAUAAAUGGAAAACCGUCCGUCAUCAACAUUGACAGACUAAAGGCAGCCUUUUUAAUAGAUGACGAGCCUGAUCACAAACAAACAAUUACUCCCACACAGAAAUUGGAUCCACCUGUUCAACGGCCAGACACAGGAGCUGCAGACAUCACAACUCGCUCCGGCCGCAAAUGGAUUCCGUCCCACGUUGGUCUAGACGGGAAUGAGAUCGCUGACUCUGUGUCAAAACUUGGCACAAAUGAACCUCUGCCGGAAAGUUUGGCACCCACAUCCUCGGAAAUUCACUCCAUUAGAAAGAAAGGCGUCCAGCUAGUCUGGAAUACUCCCCUAGUACAUAUCUGA